ACCUGUGUAUGCUAUUCCAGUCCAGUCCACUGACCAUUUCUAGUAUAAUUGACUUCGAGUGCGGCUGCUCUAAAGUGCUUCGAGGAAUGUUUUACAGGGGAAAUACUUUGUUUCCUGUUCAAGACUUGUUAAUUCCAACUUGGUUUCAUUUCCACUAAAAUAUUUCUCUCUCUUUCUGCCCACCUGUGAAUAUGAUUCAGCCUAGUUUUGGACGUUACUUUAUUAGUGGCUGCUGCUUGCUUAAAGUGUAAUUAUCUCUCCCCCCCUCUCACAGGCAGUACUGAACUUACAUGUUAAGUAUAUCACCCCCCCACGAGAAUUCAAAAAACACGACGACUCUACUCAUUGCGCUAACCUCCAAUGGAGUCACAAUCUCAAAAGAAGUCACUUGACAGGAUCAGUUCGGUCCAAGAACCAGCAUGCACCAAUCCUUCAUGUUUCUUUUGCACCAUGAAUGAACAAGACCCGUCUCUCAGAAAAGCCAAACUAGCUCGAUGCUUCAAAGAAAUGCCCCUGAGAGAUGAUCAAGAACAUGUCUUGGUCCUACGUGGGAUCUGGAACAUUGCCAUGACUCAACCUGAUGAUCCUGAGUUCCCAUCCCUUGGCGUCUUUGAGUGCAUGGGAAAACUGAUCCAGAUAGCCGUUAACGAUAAGGAAUGGCUUCUUAGAGAUCAAAACAUCUACAUCCCAUACUAUGCAGCGCAUAUUAUUGGUUCAUACACCAUGAACAAAGUUCAAUUUGCCGAGAAAGCAGUUAAGUCGAAUGUGGUUCUGCCUCUAAUAGAACUUCUGAGAGGCAAAAUCAGUUGGGUUGAGCAAAGAGUUGCGGUUCGAUCACUAGGCCACUUGGCUAGCCAUGCGAGAACCUUUGAAGCCAUUGCCGAGCAUGAAGUUGAAAUCAUAAAGUUGGCCAUGGAAAUAGCUUGCAAUUGCAUUAAAACCGUCUAUAGAAGGUUUAUUGGUGUUAAAGAUAGCAAGAGAGUGAAGUACCAUUCGGACCUGCUUACAACUGGGCUUGGAGACUUGGAGAUAGAGAACAGAAAGGCUGAGGAAUGGGCUAGUCAGUUACAGUGCUGGUCCUUGCAUCUCUUAAACUGCUUUGCUUGCAAAGGAAGAUCACUAAAUCUUAUCUGCAACAAACACUUCCUGAAGGAGUUGGGCGGCAUGUGGGGUGGCUUGGCAAAUUGCGCAUCGCCUGGUGGGAUAGGAUGCAUCAGAACUCUGUGCAACUUCAAGACUGGAAGAGAGAGUUUAGCGAAUUCCAAAGAAGUGAUAGAGAUUUUAUGCAAUAUCUCAAGAUCUUCUGAUGAUUGGCAGUGUAUGGCUAUUGAUUGUCUUCUCUUACUUCUAAAAGACACAGAUACAAGAUACAUAGUCAUAAACACCGCAGCUUUAUCUCUGGCUGAUUUGGUAGAGCUAAGAAGCCUUAAUGAAAGAAAAAAAGUCGGAGAAGCAAUAACACAGGCACUCUUACAGGAUUACCAUAAGAUCAAAUAUGGUGACUUAAAGUUGAGUAGCCAAGAUGCUGAGAGAGCAUUAAAGGAGACAUGGGAUUUGAUGGUAGAGAGAAGAAAGAGAGAGGAGCUAAUGUCUGAAGAAGAGCUGAAAGAGCGAAAAAACUUGGUAGGCAUGCUGAAACAGGAAGGAAACAAAAAGUUUUGGUCUGGCCACAUUGAAAAAGCUGUUACCAGAUACACAAAAGCCCUGGAUUUGUGCCCAUCAAAGAUGAGAAAGGAGAGAAUAGUUCUGUAUAGUAAUAGAGCCCAGGGUUAUUUGCUGCUUAACAACCCUGAAGCUGUAAUCAGUGACACAACUAGAGCCUUGUGCCUAUCCACUACUGCGAAUCCUCACAGGAAGAGCCUUUGGAGAAGGGCACAGGCUUAUGAUAUGAAAGGGUUAGCUAAGGAGAGUUUGAUGGACUGCUUGAUGUUCAUCCAUGGACGCAUGAAAGCUGAGAAAACCAAGAAUGCCAAGAUCCCAUACUUCGCAGCACGUAUGAUUCACAAGCAAAUGAAUGCAACAUGGCUUUUCGCAACUGUUGCCAAGUCGAAAGACAAAUAUGAAGCUGAAGUAGAAAAACCAAAAGUACUAGAGCAUGGAGAGGACCAAUGCCAAGUGACAGGGAUCAAAGAGAGAAAUGAUUCAGUUCCAGAUGGAUCGUUUAUGGAAGGGGAACGGAGAAGUAGAAGCAAGCAAGGUAGGUCAAGGCAGAGAAAAGACGCUGCUGGCCAUUGCUGCAGAAUUGGCAGCUCAAGAUGCAGUGAGAUGUGUUGAACUACUGUGUAAAUCCGAGAAAUGAAUUUGGAAGCUUCAAGGCAGAUCAACGUCCUAUCGUAUGGCCAUGCCCAUAACAAUAAUAAUAGAAACAGAGACAUGGACUUGCUUAUAUUACUGUAACAAGCUAGAGCUACUAUAAAUUAAAAGCACUGUCAUCUAGCCACUGCUCACGAUUUCAAAGCUGUCUUCGUUGAUACCUGAAGGCCAUUUAAAUUUUAUACUUUUGUUGCCUUA